AUGCCGUUUUCGGAGGGCUGCCAUGAGGAGGAUAUUCCUCGGUACAUUUCAUGGUCUUCUGUUGCUAUUAGCAGUGUUCUGUGCAUCAUAACUGUACCAGGUAAUCUGCUGACGUGCAUUGCGAUCAUUAAAGAUCCUUACAAAGACUUACGAACGCCUUUCAACUAUUUUGUAAUCAACUUGGCUGCCGCUGAUUUGAUCGUUGGCUGUGUAACCGAGCCUGCCUUUAUCAUUUAUCACAUCAAGAAAGCCGUAAAAGGACAAAAGUUGCAGGUGCUCUGGAUAUUUCACUUGACGUAUUUCAUGUCACUUACGGCCUCACUUCUGAGCCUGUCAGCCUUGACAGUGGACCGCUGCCUGACGAUUACGUCACCUUUUCACCGAAGGCUCAAGCAAAGGCACGGAUAUCUGACCUCUGCUGUUAUUUGGUGCGUGUCGUUCAGCGUUCCCUUGAUUUACCUUGUGGUAGAAUUUUACGUGUUCUUGUUUGUAUUCGCUAAUACGGCAACGCUGGUAGUUUUUGUUAUUCUCGUUAUUUCUCACAAACGUAUUGCAAAGACAAUGCAAGAUCACGUGCGGCAUUGGGAUUCAGCACACAAUAAUGACAUAAAACGAAGAGCCCUAGCGACGGAGAGGCAAAUCACCAGAUCUUUCAUGAUGAUGUUGACGCUUUUCUGCUCCGCUGUGUUCCCAUCAUGCAUCAUUACAUAUGUCAUAGGUUUCUGUACUACGUGCUCUUGUGACGUCAUUAACACUUUGCGUGAUGUUUACUUUAUUUUGCCAAUGGUGAUUUCAGCCACCAAUCAUUUGCUUUACUCUAUGAGAAUGAGGAAUUUUCGCAGAGCGUUUUCAUUGUUAUUCAAGACCUCUGUUUUGCAAGCCACUCGCUCGAGACAAUCCUAUUGGGUGAAGAAAAUUGCAGACGAAAACGAGGAGAAAGGUGCUAAGAAAACAACGAGGAUGGAAAGCUUGCCAUCGCACGCGAAUUAUAAAAUUAAACGCCUGCGUUUUAAAAUGAUGGACUCGAACUGA